AUGGAUAUGGAGGUGUUGCAUAGCACUCCUACUGAGACGUUAGGUUCUCACUCCCUUUCUUUUUCCAUACUGUCUCCAGAGGAACAUGGCAUAGCGGAUAGAGACGACACAGUGUCCCCCGAAGUUACCCAUGAACAGGAAACCUAUGGCAAGCCAAAGGAGCCCACCAGUCAGAAGAUUGAAUCAAGGGUAGUGGCGUAUGCGUCAAGGCAACUAAAGACCCACGAAGCCAACUAUCCAAUUCAUGACCUUGAACUAGCCGCAAUAGUAUUUGCACUGAAGACAUGGAGACACCAUUUGUACGGAGUUGGGUUUCAAGUAUUCUCCGAUCAUAAGAACUUAAAGUACAUGUUCGACUAG